AUGGACCUCCGACUCGCAGAAAGUCCUAGAGAACUUGAACAAGCGAAUCCAAUGGAUGAUAAACAACUUGGACCGCGGUAUUCGAUUGGAUGCACGAUUAUUUUGGCUACCGAGCAAAACACAAGAACAAGGACCAACGAGAUCGAAUUGGAGGGCAAUCUGGUCCAUUACUCGUCGGUGAAGUGCCCUCGAGUUACUAAGAGCGUACUAGCGUCCGAGGUUUACGGUAUAAUAGCUAGAGUCGACAUUGCGAUUGCAAUAAGUACUACACUCGCUAUGGUCACAAAACAACUCAGUCUGCUCGCCAUCCUAGUAAUCGUCUUCACCGAUUCCUACUCCUUUUACGAGUGCUUAGUGAAGCUUAGCACUACGAAAGAAAAGCGCCUUAUGAUCGAUAUUAUGGCGCUCAAGUAA